UUUACUCCAUACGGAAAAAAAUUACAAAUUUUACUUCAAAAAUGAAUUAUCUGAUGCUUGGAAUAUUUUCAAUAUUUACAAAUAUUAUGCUGGUCGUUGCUGUUUCGAUGAAAGGAGUACACAGUAGAUCGAAAAACUCUGUCAUGGUACAAAAUAUUCCGCUGGAAAUAUUUGAUAGGACAGUAAAUUUUAGUGACAGAUCAGGAAUUCUCGUUGGUCCAAAAACUCCCAUUUAUUUAUUGAGAUCCAGGUUACCAAAUUUUAACCAACAUAAUACUGGAGUAAGAAAAAGAAAUCGGCGUUAUAUUAAAGAGAAAAUAAUUCCGAUUCCUGAUAUUGUUUAUCCGGAAAUUUUGAUAAUUGUCGACUAUCAUCUGUAUAAAAAUUAUAAUCGAAGGACAAUUAUUCCUUAUUUAUUGUCAUUUUGGGACCAAGUCGAUUCAAUUUUUAGUUCAUUAGAGAACCCAAAGUUCAAAUUAAGUAUUGCUGGAAUUAUUAUCGCUCAGGACAAUAGUGUUUUUGAAUCCUUCAUUCCAUCGAAGUCAUCAGAAAUUGAUUACAAGGAUGCGAAAAAAAAUAUGAAUUUAUGGCUUUCUAGGGCAAGAGAAGCGAUUCCUUUUGAAAGUUAUGACACUUACGUUAUUAUGACUCGAACACGAAAUAAGGAGAGUGGUAAUAAGCGAAUUCUGGGAAUAUCAGGUAUUCAGACUGCUUGUGUUACUCCGGAGUCGAAUCAUGAUCUCGGAGGAAUAAUUUUUACCCCGGGUGGUAUACAGGGUACUCGGACUGCUGGACAUGAAUUAGGUCAUAUAUUUGGAGCGGAACAUGAUAAACCCGAUUGCGGAAAAUCGUAUCUUAUGGCAACUUUUGAUGGAAAUCCUACUGAUUGGUCACAAUGUUCGAUAAACAGUUUCCACGAGUCUCUCAAGCAGCAAAAUUGGACCUGUUUAUACAACAAACCUGACCACACGAAAGUCAAUAAUCUUGGUGUCUAUGAAAUUUUUGAAUCAUUUGAAAGAGAAAUUGAAAAUAAAGAUUUCUUCACUGUGCUGAUGGAUGAUGAAAAAGAAACAUUCAAUUUAAAUGAAAAAUGAU